AAGAUGUUAGGUGGGAGGAGCUACACAAAACGGAGAGCCCACCAGUCUGACUCUAAUCUUGCUUGAAGACAGAGCCCCCUCAGUGAGUGAACCAUAACAAUGAGUUAGUUUCGGCACUCUACAAUUCAAUGCAAGCAAGGGUGUAGCAGGGACUUCUCACUACAGUCAAGAUGUUCAGGGUGACAGUGGAGCCGGCAGUGCUUCUCUACUGUGUCUCCUACAUGGUGCAGCUCAGCGUGCUUCAAGAUUUUAUUUUCACCAAGUUGUGCAGUGAACAGUAUUCGCAAGAGGUGUGUGUUGCGAGGUGGAAGGAAGAUACAGUGACAGAUGUUGCAUGCGUGGAGAACCAGGCGGUGAACUACGUGAUGUGGCUGAGUGUAAUCACAAGUAUCCUGUCCGUCAUCAUGGCCCAGUUCUUUGGUGUGGCACUUGACAGGUAUUCACCCAAGGCGGUGAUGACGGCCCCAUUCAUGGGUUUCCUUGCGCAGCACCUGGUGUGCGUGGUGGUGGCGGCCAUGCCAACCGUGCCGCUGGCAGUGAUGUAUGUCGGGGCCACGCUGAACGGCCUAUCAGGAGGUUAUCCAUUAUUUAAGUCUGCUGUGAGCAGCUACGUGGUGAGGACAGCAUCGCCGAAGGAGCGGACCUUCCUGCUGUCGGUGGUGGAAGGGACGGUGUUCCUGGGCGGCGCACUGGGGCCUUUCACCCUUAAGCAAGUAGUAACCUCCACUACUGUUGGACAUGACUACUUGUUUCUUGGCAGUGAGAUGUCGUUGGUGGUGGCCUUGCUCUACAUUGUUUUCAUCCUGCCGGACUCCCAAUCGACAUCUCAGGAGAAUGCUGAGCUUCCUCCAGAACACAGCGGAACAACACUCUUUACUCCGGUUAAAAGCGUACUGAAAAACUUCACCGGCUCUGUUUCCACGGUCCUACGCCACAGACCAGCUGGGAAACGCACUUCAAUUCUCCUUCUGAUAUUAGCAGACUUUUUCAUUGCCGUCGUCUACUCCGCUGAGUUUGACCUGCUGUAUAUGUACAUGCACAACUAUCUUGGGUUUAACUUGGAUCAGUACUCCCUGUACCUGGUCAUCAAGAACUUGGUGAAUGGCAUAUCGCUGCUGGGAGUGUUACCAUUGCUGCGCCUUGUAUUUGAUAGCAGCGAUGCUUCACUUGGCAUACUGGGAGGGGCUUCGAGGAUGGUGGCCUUCACGAUGUUGGCACUCAAUUCUUCCCACACUCUCACUUACAUAGUGCCAUUCUUGGACGUGUUCGGGCAGUACUUGUUUGUUGUGCUGAGGUCAUCCUUGUGUGGCCUUGUAAAUAAGGAAGAGCAAGGACGUGUGUUGACCGUACUGUCGUCGCUGGCACAGAUGUCUAUGUUAGUCGGAUCGCUUUUAUUUGAUAAUGUGUAUCCUGCCUUAGUGUUGCUGGCACAUCCUGGGUACACUUUCCUUAUGGCCGCCACCUCUAUGGCCACUGCCACUACGAUAUUCAUAUGCAUCCGUUGUUGUCGGGCAAAAGAAGGCACCAGUGAAGAGACGCAGCCGAUUCUACGGUGAAGAAAUAUAAAAGUACGUUAGUUAGAUUAACAGGUAGUUUUCUAGCUAUCUUAAUUGGGAAGAUGGUAAAGCAAUCAUGAUAGUGAUCACUCAGACUUACAGAAGCAGCGAUAGCUCUUGUGCACUUCCUUCAGGAAAGUCGCACUCAACCCUCAUAAAAUUAUAGAAAAAAUCAUAAUUUACGUUAUAAUUAAGAACGUGACUGAUGUACAGUAUAAAUAAUAUGCGACUUUUUUUUAUUUUACCUAGGAUGUUCUAUCGAUAUAGGAAGCAAACCACAAUCUGGUGACAGCUAUACUCCAUGAGAUAGCAUUUCCUGAACAAUUAUGCAUGACCUUGUAUAUUUUACAUACCUGUAUGUAAUAAAAUGCCAAAGAUAAGUUAAUUAAAUAUGUGAAAAUUGUAAA